AAACCCUCAUCGGCAAUUGAAAUGCACGCCCACCCUGAAGUGAUUAUGCAGAACGGCACCACGGGAACCCUUCUAUGCACCUUUAAGUCCAGUGAGGUGGUCAGCCAGUCCACCUCGGUGACCUGGAGCUUUCAGUCGAGUCAGCCCGAUAAUCAGUUCUUCAAAACUCCAUAUGUGAUUUUCUACUUUUCCAAUGGAAAAGCAUUCCCGGGACAAGACAAGUUCAAAGACAGAUUGCAGUUUAUCGGAGACAUACAAAAGAGGGAUGUCUCGAUACAGCUGAGUCCAGUUCAGUUCAGCGACAUUGGGACCUUCUUCUGUGACGUGAAGAACCCACCAGACGUAACAGGAAAUCCAGCACAAACGAAGCUCAGCGUUGUUCCGAAAG